AUGCCAUUAUUCAACUUUAUGAGACGGCAUGCUCCAUCAUCAGUUUGCGGACCGGUCAAACCGUGGCAGGAGAUCGUCCCUAUUGUGGCACAAGCAGAAGCCGCGGUUCCUUUGCCCGAAUUCGCAUUCGAUUCGAACGGAACUUCGCCAAACGUCAUCACUGAUGUGCUCCCCGACCCGACAUCGUAUUUGCAACGCGCAUCAGCGUUUAUUCUCGCCUACUUGGAAUCCGCAAAAGAUCCGCCGAAACCGAAAGUCACUUUAAAGUUAUCGAGGGAGAAUGGAAUUGCUGUAACUUCGGGCGGGGAGAUGACACUCUUCAUUCCGUAUUUCGCGAAUCACAGCAAGAAUCACACCCCAGACGAAGUUCUACAUGAAGUUCUGGGAGUCAUCCUACAUGAGCUUGUUCAUGUUUACCAGCAUGACGGGCAUCAUACUGUUCCCGGAGGAGUGAUCGAAGGCAUCGCCGACUUCCACCGGUUACGGGCAAACCUUGGUCCGCCGCAUUGGAAACGCGCAAGGGGCGGUAAAUGGGAUGCCGGCUACGAACGGACGGCCUAUUUUCUGAACUGGAUCGAGGGAUCCAAUAUUGGUUUCGUUCGAGAGCUGAAUGCAAUGUCAAAAGAGACAUUCAAUCUCAGCAUUUUUCGAACACUGACGGGCCGUAACGUGGAGCAACUUUGGGAAGCAUAUCAACGGUCAAUUCCAUCGUGUGUGGAAGAACUUGCCCGUCCUGCUGUGCCGACAGAAGUUGCGAGCACAGAAGUACCAAUGCAGUAG